CUCCAUCUGAAAAAAGCUAAUAAACCCAGCAAGUCAAAGAAAACACCCGGCUAAGAGUUGCCCGUGUCAAAGUAAGUCUCCCGAUUCGACCGACGACAAUGACACAUCAUCAUCACCUGGGAAGCUAAUCAAUAAAGUAGACCAUCUUCACGAAUUUGUUUAAUGAAAUUGAGGAACACUGGUAAUAGACAAAUAUCCAUUCCGAUGGGAGGGAGCAACGUGGAAUAUUCGGGGAUUAACGAAGUGCAUUCUCCUAGAGAUAAUACCAGUAACACUAUCAACAAAAUCUCGAUUUUGCCUCUCAUUUUUCUCAUAUUCUACGAGGUAUCCGGGGGACCUUUUGGUAUUGAGGACAGUGUGAAAGCAGCUGGCCCUCUUUUAGCACUUGUAGGGUUCUUAGUGUUUCCAUUUAUAUGGAGUGUCCCUGAAGCUUUAAUAACUGCUGAAAUGGGCACUAUGUUCCCAGAAGACGGUGGUUACGUUGUCUGGGUAUCAUCUGCUUUAGGUCCGUACUGGGGGUUUCAACAAGGUUGGAUGAAAUGGCUUAGUGGUGUCAUUGAUAAUGCAUUAUACCCUGUUCUGUUUCUUGAUUAUUUGGCCUUAGGUGAAGGGUAUCCACGAAUCUUGGCGGUAAUAGCUCUGACUAUUGCCUUAACAUACAUGAACUUCAGAGGUAUGGCAAUCGUAGGGUGGGUUGCUGUUGCUUUAGGUGUGUUUUCAAUUCUCCCAUUUAUAGUUAUGGGUCUCAUUUCGAUUCCUAAAAUUGAGCCUUCAAGAUGGCUGGUGUUUGACUCACAUACGGUGGAUUGGAACAUAUACUUAAAUACCCUUUUUUGGAAUUUAAACUAUUGGGAUUCGAUAAGUACACUAGCCGGUGAGGUGGAUAACCCAAAGAAGACACUCCCGAAAGCUUUAUUCUAUGCUUUAAUCUUUGUUGUUUUUGGUUACUUUUUCCCGCUCCUUGUUGGGAUCGGGGCCGUCCCUCUCCAGCGUGGCCUUUGGACUGACGGUUAUUUUUCUGAAAUAGCAAAAAUCAUUGGCGGUGUGUGGUUGAGAUGGUGGGUGCAGGCAGGUGCCGCCAUGUCAAACAUGGGAAUGUUUAUAGCCGAGAUGAGCAGUGACUCGUUUCAACUUCUCGGUAUGGCUGAACGCGGAAUGCUCCCGGAGUUUUUUGCUAAAAGAUCUCGUUAUGGGACCCCGUCUGUCGGGAUCUUAUUUUCAUCUUUUGGUGUAAUUUUACUUUCACAGUUAUCGUUUCAAGAAAUUGUAGCUGCAGAAAAUUUCCUAUAUUGUUUUGGUAUGAUUUUGGAGUUUAUAGCUUUUGUAAGGUUAAGAAUGAAGUAUCCAGUUGCAGCCCGACCUUAUAAGAUACCGGUGGGAACGGUUGGUUCGGUUCUUAUUUGUGUUCCUCCAACUAUAUUGAUUUUCGUGGUUUUGUAUCUAUCUACGGUUAAGGUCAGGAUUUUAAGUUGUGUGGCUAUACUUAUUGGGCUUGUUUUGCAGCCGUUUUUGAAGUACAUAGAGAAGAAACGAUGGGUCAAGUUCUCUACUUGUGCAGAUCUUCCAGACCUUCAUAAUGCUCAGAUGAAUAGUGAGACUUUGGAGUAUUAGAAGCAUUACCAUGUUUGUCAGCCUGGUGGAUUGGAUAGAGUAGAAUUUUUGUUUUGAUCUUGUUUAUAUCUUGUUGUAUGAUGAGAACUGUCUUUUUUGUAUUUGACUUUGAAUUUUCUGCAUAUUAAUGCAGAAAUGAAACUAAAAAAGACCCAAGAAUUUGAACGGAAUCAAGUU